AUGCCGCAUAGUCGAGUUCAUGCUCUCUCUUCUGAUCACCUGGGACGGGUUCUAGUUGGCGAUGGAGCCUUCCUUCGUUGGCUCGAACUGGGGACAAAUGGGACAGGCCUUGCUAUGCGACACUCAGCCUCUCUCCAAAUCUGCACUCUUAUUUGUUCCUUUCAUUGUCACCAUCUCACAUCUAGCUUUGAUAACAAAUGCUUGACUCAUGUACUAAGUCAACUCUGCCAUCUCCCUCCUAUCAUACUUUAUGCCCCCGAACUGUUGGCCAACUACAUUAUUAGAGGCCAGACCCCAUUAGUUCUACUAGAUUUCCGCUCCACCACGCAAAUCGGAGUCAAUCACUCGACACAAAUUACAAGCCGACGCGUGUUCCCUUCGUUGUGUUUAGUAAUAAGCAAUUCUAGCUCAAUAUAUUUCUUCAUGGGCCUGAAACGUCUUCUGACGCCUGGCUCGUAA